GGUGGCUGCGGAACAAUGCCCAGGGGCCCGUGGAGGCCUCCCCGCAGGGCAGAGGCACUGAGAGCCAGGCGCAGGGAGUGGAAACCCCGCAGGCCUGCCGAGGAGGGCCCCCGGGACUGGGCCGAGCCCUUGAAGGUGGGGUCGGCUGGGCAGGAGAAGAAAAAGAAGAGCCGAGGGUGGAGGCGAAAGCAGGGCUGGACAAAGAGCACUCGGGGCGGAGGCCGCGCGGGGUGGGGUGGCGGGGCCGCUGUCUGUCCCGGGGAGUCCCGCAGCUCGGUCCGCGGCGGCCCAGGAGGAGUGGGGGCCAGGACUUCCGGUGCAGGUGGGUGUCCCUUCGAUGACGUCAGGUCACCCUCGGCGGCCUGGCCGGUCCCACCCCGCCCCUCGCGUCCCGCGCCUGCAUAUAUAGCCGGGGCGCCGCACCUGUCCGCCCGCACCUGUCCGCCCGCACCUGUCCGCGCGCACCUGGCCGCGCGCACCUGCGGCCCAGCUCGGGGCGCCUCCUGCCGCGCAGCAGCCUCUGGCCCGCAGGCCCGGACCCCUCGGAGACCAGGGUCGCUGGGAGCGCCGGGUCGAACCGCCUGGCCUUCGGGGCUGCUUCGUGCGGCACCAGCGCUUCGGCGCCGCCGUGUCCGUCUGCUGCGGAGCCGUCGUCUCACCGAAGCCGUGGACCUGUGCUGACUCAGGGGCAAGACUUGCAGUCACCCAGCCCGAAACUUGGUUGUGCCUUUG